AUGCGGAACAUCACUGGGACUCCUGAACCACGACUGGUGGGUGGGAAGAACAGAUGUUCUGGCCGGGUGGAAGUUGUACACGGAGAAAAGUGGGGGACAGUUUGUGAUCAGUACUUCAGCUUGGAUGCUGCCGGCGUGGUCUGUGAACACCUACAGUGCGGGGCAGUGGCCGCAACUCCCGGAGGUGCUCACUUUGGCGAAGGAACCGGCCCCGUGUGGAAGGAAAACUACCGUUGUCUGGGGAACGAGUCCCGGUUAGCUGAUUGUCCAGUCUCAGCCUGGGAUCAGAUUAGCUGUUCGCACAGAAACGACGCCGGUCUCAUCUGCUCAGAUGAGAGUUGGUCUCUGAGACUGAGCAAUGGGGGCAGCCGCUGCGACGGCCGAGUGGAGGUUUACCACAAUGGCAGCUGGGGACGAGUACAGGAUCGCUCCUGGAACAUCAAUGAUUCCAACGUGGUCUGUAGAGAGUUGGGCUGCGGCUCCGCUAUAUUCGCCUACAACUCCUCAAGGUACGAAGAGAGUGAGCUGCCAGUGUGGGUGAACGACGUUGACUGUGAAGGGGACGAGACGCAGCUCCGAAAUUGCAGCACAUUUACCAUGAAUCCGUUUCUCACUGACAGCAACGGCGUUGGGGUCCUGUGUUCAGACCACCGCCGAUUACGACUGACCGGGGGUGGAAGUACAUGUGCUGGACGACUGGAGCUUUAUUACCACGGGUCUUGGGGCACAGUUUGUAAUGACUUAUGGGAUCUGCUUGACGAUAACGUGGUCUGUAGGCAGCUGGGUUGUGGAUAUGCUUUGGAUGAUAAACGUCUUGGAUACUGCGGAGGAAGUCGAAGUCCUAUUUGGUUGGAUGAAGUAAGAUGCUCGGGUAACGAAUCAUAUCUCUGGGAGUGUCCCUCCGCACCACUGGGUGAACAUGAUUGCAGUCAUAAAGAAGAUGUGACAGUGAAGUGUUCUGAGCACAAAGAGAUGCGCCUGGUGAACGGAGAGCAUCGAUGUGAAGGGAGAGUGGAAGUGCGGUACAACGGAACAUGGGGGACAGUGUGCUCGGAGAAGUUUCACAGAAAGGAAGCGGAAGUGAUCUGUAAACACGUAGAAUGUGGACCUCUCAAAUCUAUUUAUUAUGGCGUCUGGAAAUAUGGAGCGGGUUCUGGGCCCAUAUGGCUCGAUGAGCUGGAAUGUAAUUUGCACGAGUCGACCCUUUGGCAGUGUCAGUCAGACCCUUGGGGAAAACACAACUGUCACCACUGGGAGGAUGCAGGCGUUGCAUGUGAAGAUCUACCACUGCGGCUUGAUGGCGGCAGCAACAGUUGCUCCGGAACGGUUCAGUUAUGGUUCAACAGCAGCUGGGGCACAGUGUGUGAUGACUCCUGGGGUCUCGCCGAUGCCAAUGUCGUCUGCAGACAGUUGGGAUGUGGCGCUGCUCGUUGGACUCCAGGAGCGGCUCCCAUUGCUCCAGUCUCCGGAGGUAUCUGGCUGGAUGAAGUCAAAUGCACAGGAACUGAAUUAUUCCUGUCCCGUUGUCUGGCUUCACCGCUCGGUCAGCAUGAAUGUGAUCACAAGGAAGAUGUCAUUGUUAUUUGUUCCGGUACGGCUUGUUCGACAGAUUCCUGGAUCAUUAUAACACUUUAA